CAAUGGCACAGGGAAUGCUUUAAGUGUGCCAAGUGUACCAAGAGAUUAGAUUCCGUCAACUGCUGCGAAGGUCCUGACAAGGACAUCUACUGCAAAGUAUGCUACGGAAAGAAAUUCGGACCGAAGGGUUAUGGCUACGGCCAAGGUGGUGGCGCCCUACAAAGCGACUGCUACGCCAAUGGCGAUGCUGCGCCUCGUACCACCGUGAUCGACACCGCCGCGAUCAAGGCCCCGCCUGGCAAGGGUUGUCCACGUUGCGGCGGCGUGGUGUUCGCCGCCGAACAGGUGUUGGCCAAGGGCCGCGAAUGGCACAGGAAGUGCUACAAGUGUCGUGACUGCACCAAAACCCUGGACUCGAUCAUCGCCUGCGACGGGCCCGACAAAGACGUCUACUGUAAAACAUGCUACGGAAAGAAAUGGGGACCGCACGGAUACGGAUUCGCAUGUGGAUCGGGAUUCUUACAGACUGACGGCCUGACGGAGGAAGAAAUAUCUGCCAGUCGACCAUUCUACAAUCCAGACACGACCUCCAUCAAGGCGCCAGCUGGUCAGGGCUGCCCCCGUUGCGGAGGCAUGGUGUUCGCUGCCGAGCAACAGCUCGCCAAAGGAACCAUGUGGCACAAGAAAUGCUUCAACUGUGCCGAGUGCCAUCGACCAUUGGACUCGAUGUUAGCCUGCGACGGGCCCGACAAGGAAAUCCACUGCCGAUCCUGCUACAGCAAACUCUUCGGACCCAAAGGAUUCGGAUUCGGACACACCCCGACUCUCGUCUCCACGAACGGAGAUCAGGCUCCCUCCUACAUCGACGCGAAGCCCCAGGUCGGCCAGAAGCGCACGGAUGGCCUCGGCUGCGCGCGUUGCGGCUACCCGGUAUACGCUGCGGAGCAGAUGAUCUCGAAGAACCGCGUGUGGCACAAGCGUUGCUUCAGCUGCGGCGAGUGUCAUCGCUCGUUAGACUCGACGAACCUGAAUGACGGUCCGGACGGCGACAUCUACUGUCGCGGCUGUUACAACAGAAAUUUCGGUCCCAAGGGCGUAGGCUUCGGCAUGGGCGCGGGCACCCUGACGAUGGCUUAAUCCCGUCUCGAUUAUCUAACGAGAUGCUCGAAUCAGUCUUAUAUAUAUAUAUAUAAAUAUAAUAUAAAUAUAAUUCUAUUCAAGGUAUAUUGCAAGCGAACGAAUAAACGGGACGAGUCCGUGAACGGUAACUCUCGGGAUUCUCUGUUCACGGUGGUUUUCGUUUGUUGAUCCGCUUGUUGUAAGUAUGUAUAUGUAUAGGCGCCUGACUACACGACUAACUCCGACGAAGUGACGAAAGAAACCACGCUGCUCCAGGAAUAAAAUGAGAAACGUUCAUCUGAUGCGUACCUCUACUUUACUUUUUGUUUCUAUUUUUUUUUGUUUCAUUGUUUCGUUUUCGUUUACUAUUUCUUUCUUUCUUUUCGGUUUCGCUAAUCGACGACCAUAGGCGUCGAUCCGACCGGACGUGGCGCGCACGAACGACCAACGUUUUUAUCGAUCACGAUUUAUCACGAAUGUACAAUUGUGUGACCGACGAACCACGCGAACACUUUUAUUACUUUUGUAUGCCGAGAAUCCGCGACCACUCGCGCGGCGCAGCGGGCCGAGAUUUCCUCUCUGGGCGGGGCCGAGCGCGCGCAAGAUGGCGGACGGCCGCGCGAAAUGGCGCGCGAGGGAGGAGCCUACCGGAGAGGAGAUCUCGAGCGUCGUCGCCUAGAUUCAGCACGAGUAGCGAUGGGACCGUGUCGGGUUACUUGGACAUUUCAAUUCUCUCGAAUGCUCGUGGACUCGGUUGACAACCUGCGACGAAUAACAGGGAAAUUUGGGUAAAUUUGGUAGAACGAUGUUUUUUCUUUCGUUCGACCUUUUAGAAAUGAGUACCAUUGGUCAUGGGAGGUUUACAUACCUAAAAUCGAACAUUGGGAUUGAAACAUUGAAUUAUUCAUAUAAUUUCCUUAUUUUCUAGUAGUACAGAGUUCAAUAUUUCAUUUAGUUUCUCACGGAGAAGAUUCUUAAUGCUUUUUAAAGUCUUCAACUGCACAGUUAAAAGUUCAAAGGAAAUUCGUUAAAUUAGGCCACUUCUUUUUACAAGUCUCUCGAUAUUUAUACGAAUAGCUAUUCGUCGGUGGUUCCCCGAGUCCCGAGCGACGAACGAUUAAGCACGGUCCCAGCCCAAUACGACGAGCAUGCGAGCAAACAUAGUACAAAGGGAAAAUCCGUAUAUAUAUACCUGGACCACAAUCAGGAGCAACGAUGUAUAAUCUAAACGACGACUGUAAAGACGAAUGAGAGAAGUGUGACGACAGAUGAGUAUGGAAGAAAAUGGAUAAAAAAAGAAAAUCAGAAAAAUAAGAACAGUGAGAACAGUGAACAGAUGCAAGAACGAGAUUAUUUUCAAUAAAUGUAUAUUUCGAAAUAAAAUGGGGGAGAGACUUGUAAUCUUCUUUUCGUCUUCUCUCGCGAGAAGA